GGGCUACGGAACGGCUGUUUGUUUUUGACUUUAGUGACUUACACGAAAGUCGAGCUGGAGGCGGCGAAAAACAAAAAUGGCUAUUUUUCCAGCAUGUAUGUAAUUUACAGACUCGAACAUAUAGAUUUAUCUAGAAUUUUUAUCUUCUCCAGUCUUGGCCAUGUUUUCAUCUAGAAUGAGUCUUCCUGAAAUAUUUCUUUGUAAUAUACUUUUUGGAAAAAAAUAUUGAACCAGCGAGCAAUGUUCGCUGGUCUGUUCAAUGUGCAAAACGCGUUUGCUGGAUUUUUAAUAUGUGCGCGGGAUACAUGAAUUGUGAGCAUUUUAACCGGUUCGUAGCCCCUUUAAUAGAAACGGAACAGUCUGUUUAGUAGAAUAAGUGAGCUGGGUUUUUUUGCUGAAAUUAUGGAAAUAUAAUGAAACCACAGGACAGUAUUCUCGAUCCUAGAGCUUAUUGAGGUACACCUCGAAACCUACUUUUGAGUUUUUAAUCUCAAAGAGCUCUGGGACGAAAAUGGCAGAACAGGUGCGGCUGUCCUAAAAUGUUACGAAAGAUAAUCCAGAAAAUUGCAGAAAUUUUAUUUUUAAUAGUGGCAUGGUUCUUUGUCAUCACAAUUCUCAUUUUACCAUUGUUACCCCUUUGGAUUUUAAUUUUAACGACAAAAAUCUUUGAAGAAUAUAUUUAUGAAAACCUAUACAACGGUAUUAGAAUUAAAAGCGAAGAGUUACCUUGGCUUCACGAUGAUCCGACUAACAGAACAAUUAUCAAUGCAAUGGUAGUUAUGGAGGGCCAACUAAACGUAAAGCGACUACAAAAAGUUAUUAAAGAAAAGUUAACAAACGCUAGAAAUGAUUCUAACAAAAAGCAAUACCCCAAAACAACUAGAUAUGUUCAUUCAGGAUAUUUUAAUUAUUACUGGAUAGAAGAAGAAAAGUUUAAAAUAGAAGACCAUGUUUUUGAGUGGAGCACAGAUACUGUAACUUCAAAGGAAGAUUUGAGAGAUUUACUGAGUGAGUUAGCGUGCCGACCAUUGAUUGACGCUAGGAAGUUGUCUCCCUGGGAGUAUAUUUUAAUCAACUACGAAGAGAAUGGACUGAAAAAGACAGUGAUUUUCCUUCGAAGUCAUCACAGCAUAGCGGAUGGUGUUUCAUAUAUCUACUUCUUGAUAACCAAACUAAACGAACGAGAUAUCAUUUUAAAAUCACCUCCAUACGUUUCAAAGUUUCAGGAAAUGAUCAUAAUGGCAAAAAGCUUUGCGUAUAUACCCUUAACUUUAUCUAAAAUGACCUUAACGUCCAGCUAUGACCACUCUUUGAUAUGUCACACAAGUUUGUCUGGAAAGAAGAACUUCACCUGGUCCGAACCCGUCCGGUUGGAUGUUAUAAAACGCAUCAAAACAAAGCUAAAUGUGACGGUUAAUGAUGUGCUUGUUGGUUGCUUAGCAGCAUGUUACCAUAACUACUUCAAGGAAAACAACCUGAAACCACCAAGAGAUUUAAUGACGUCAUUUCCUGUUGAUACAAGGUGUAGAUUAGAUCAGGCGAAAGAGUUUACCAACAAGAUUGCUGUAAUGUUUUUACCAUUGCCAACGAACAGCCACAAUCCCCUUAAAAACGUCUGUGAAAUCAAUCGGAGAAUGACAGACAUAAAAAUGUCCGGUGACGCUUUUAGCGUGCGAACCGGUAUGCGAAUUUUCGCGUACAUGUUACCGGAGAUUAUUAACAAAACACUCUAUAACUUUAUGCUAGCUAAAUCAUCCAUGGUGUUGUCAAACAUUGCUGGACCUCAGUCCAAAGUUGUUAUUGCUGGUGAGGAAGUGGAUUACCUUGUGUUUUGGCCGCCUCCGAAAAAUAAAAUUGCGAUGUCCUUGUCAAUAUUUACUUACAAUGAGGCUGUUAGGCUGGGAAUAGGAUGUGAUGAUGUGCUGAUGUCUGAUCCUGGUGUAAUGAUCAAACACUUUGGGGAUGUUGUUAAAGAGCUAGCAAACAUGGUUGGAGAUGCCGAAGAAUUUUACUCCGAUUAAUCACAAAUUUUUGUCUGGACGACUCACCACUUUGUUUUCCAAUGAUUUAAAUAGGACCUGUUAAAAAUAAUUAAAUUGUUACUUUAAAGAAGGAAUCGUUUCGCAAGAGCCUUGAGCCUGUUUACAAAAUUUUGGCUGGAAUUUUAUAUUUCAUAUUUUCCAGUGUAGAAAAUUAGAUGAUACUGUUGGUUAUUGCUGUCUUAAAAUUAAGGAUUUUAGUAUAAUUAUUUCUUUUUAAAUAAACUUUCGCACUAAGUGACCAAGGAACCAUUACAAAAUGUUUUUAUGCAGAUAGAAUUUUUAUAUACUGAUAAUAUUUACUAUAAGUUUACUGAAUUUUUGAAUGGGAGGUCUCGGUUCAUUAACGAAGUAAUAUAAUAAAUUUACCUGUGUCAUACGGCUUAGUCAUACGUGUUAUUGUUUAGUGUAUUGGAGAUUAUUUUCUUAUAUGAACCGCUUCUUAGAACUAUGAAAAACUACCUUGAGUGGAUUAAUUUUUGCGCGAUUAAUUUUGCGUUGUUUGGCGCGGGGUAUAGGUAUAGGCUUAACCCUAUUCGGUCCGAGGGGGGGGGGGGCGGAUUCCGCCCCCCCUGACGGCUUUCUUUUAAUAACUCCUGAUUGCUUUGUUAUAUGGCUAUGAUACUUCUGAGUUUCAACAUUUAUUUAUUACACACCUGCAUGCUAACUUUUUAGGUCCCAUACCUUUCAGAGGCUUUGAUAUUGGCCAUUACUCGAAACUACCCCUAAAAAUCUCUAUGAAAUCCUUAUAAUGGGGAAAAUAUAAUAACUCCUGUUAGGAUUAUUCUUAGAACUUGAAACUUGCAACACAACUUUGUUUCAUCAAGAAGAAUCAUUUUGAAAAAUUUGAACACGUGACUAAUCCGAUUUCUUGAUUUUGUCGGAUUUUACCCGAAAAUCGGAAAAAAACGGAUUUUCGGGCAAUUUUUGGCAAUUUUUCAUCCGAUCCAUGUAAAAACCGGAAGAUAUGUUAAAUAACUUUUAUUUAGCUUUCAGAAACUUCAAACAGAAUGUAAAAAUUCGCUCUAGAACAAAAGUAAUUAUAUUUUAAGCAGAUAGUGGCAUUUUUAACAAUUUUCAAGCUUUUGAUGACGUCACAGAAAAUGUGCUGACGCAAGCAAAUUUUUUUUGGCGCCAUUUUGUUUCUUUUAUGACGUACUAUAAGUGUGCCACGUUUGAUUCAAUUUGAACAACCCUAUGAAAAGUUAUUGAGGGGGGGGCGGAAUCCGCCCCCCCCCGGUCAUAGUAUGUUCGAAAAACCCCGGACCGAAUAGGGUUAAGGUAAAACAAAAAAUGCACAUAUUUUUAGCUCUAAGAAAAAUUCUAUUCGUCGCAUGUAAAAUCAAAUGCAUUCCGCCGACCCACAGCAGCUGCCAGUACAUCCAAAAAGAAAAAAGCUAACAGUACUGUACAAACUUAACAAAAAAACGAGAUCACAUCUGUAAAAGAAAUUAUUACUAUCAAAUAACUCGAGAUAAAUAAUAGAAAAAACCAAGUCAAUUAUUUAUUUCUUAUCCUAUUUUAUACUAAAAAAAACUUGAUUCUGAAACGGAUUAAUUUUUGCCAUUGGCCAUUGUUUUGGACUGUUUCGUGCAAAUUUAAUUUUGCAACUUUUCGUGCGAAUUUAAUGUCGCGAAAAUCAUUCAAAAUUUGGAAAAAAUUAAUCCGCGCGCAAAAUUAACGCACUUAAAGGUGAUAGUGGAGUUAAUUUUCAUAACAUCAUUCGUAGAUAGUGGAGUUAAUUUUCUUAACCUUGUUUGUAGAUAGAGGAGUUAAUUUUCCUAACCUCAUUCGUAGAUAGGGGAGUUAAUUUUCCUAACCUCAUUCGUAGGUAGAGGAGUUAAUUUUCCUAACCUCAUUCGUAGAUAGAGGAGUUAAUUUUCAUAACCUCAUUCGUAGAUAGAGGAGUUAAUUUUCCUAACCUCAUUCGUAGAUAGAGGAGUUAAUUUUCCUAACCUCAUUCGUAGAAAUAUCACAACGUUAUUGUAAUUUGCUUACCAGAAUUUGACAAUGUUUUUGAAAAAUUUUUAUACGUAA